AUGGGUUCUCUAUCAACGCCCGAUUCCACUGUUCUACAAGCCGCUCUUGAAGAAGCGCACACCACUUACACAAACAGCAAUUCUCUAUCGCGGAAACUCAAUCGAGAGGCGGCUCAAUUUCUCCCAGGAGGCAACACCCGCACUGUCUUACACGCCACACCCUUCCCUCUCACUGUCUCAUCGGGUUCUGGUCCCACACUCACCACCCUCGAUGGCCACACCUACGUGGAUUUCUUGGGCGAGUACACCGCCGGCAUAUACGGACACAGUCAUCCCGUCAUCAAAGCCGCUCUGCAAGAUGCCUUGGAGAAGGGCUGGAAUUACGGAGCUCACAAUGCCCUGGAGGCCGAGCUCGCUCGUAUCAUCACCGACCGCUUUCCAGCCCUCGAACUCGUCCGUUUCGUGAACUCGGGCACAGAAGCGAACAUGAUGGCCCUCGCCACUGCCCUGGCCUACACAGGCAAGAAGAAAGUCCUCGUCUUCGAGAAAGGAUACCACGGCUCCACCAUCUCUGGGCGCACUCCCUCAACCAAGAAAUCCAUUAACUUACCCCAUGAUUUCCUGGUCGCCACAUACAAUGAUCUCGAAGGCACACGGGAUUUGAUUGAUUCCUUGCCAAACGACUCUCUCGCCGCCAUUCUCAUCGAGCCCAUGCUUGGUUCUGGCGGCUGCUACCCGGCCACGCACGAGUUUCUAGCACUGCUCCGCCGUCUGGCCACCGAGAACAAAGCGCUCCUGAUCUUCGAUGAGGUCAUGACUUCUCGCUUGACAUAUCAUGGUCUCGGAGCCGUCACAGGAGUCACCCCGGACCUCAUGACACUGGGAAAAUGGGUCGGUGGAGGCAUGUCAUUUGGCCUGUUCGGCGGCAGGCGGGACAUCAUGCAGCUCUAUGACCCCCGCUCCGGCAGCCUCGAGCACCCGGGGACCUUCAACAAUAACAUCUUCACCAUGAGCGCCGGCGUCGCGGGCUGCAACUUUCUGACCGCAGACAAGAUCGACGCCCUAAACCAUCUCGGCGACGUGCUGCGCUCCAAGGUCGAAGACAUCUUUACCGCUCGAGACAUCUCCAGCGGAACUGGAGCCGGCACCGCUCUGCCUACCCGCCCCGUCACAGACGACAUGCACUCACCCUCACAUCCACAACGCCCUCCGAAAAUGUUCAUACGGGGCGUUGGCUCCUUAAAUGCCAUCCACUUCGUCGGCCCUGACAGGGACGUCCUGCAGGGACUGUUCUACCAUCACAUGCUCCAGAACGGCAUUUUCAUGGCCCAGAGGGGCUUUACGGCCCUGAAUGUUCUAAUCACUGAUGAGCAUGUGGACGCUUUUGUGCGCGCGGUGGACGCCUUCGUUGGGAAAUGGGAGGCCAGUCUAAGGUGGUGA